AUGACCCCGAACCUGUUGCCGAGCCCUGCGAGCACCCCUGUGUCUGCAGAGUCUAACAACCAGGAUUUCCAGUCCUUGAUGGCCUCGGCCUUGGUAUUGGAUGGAAGACCCUGUAGAUACACGUCAAUGGGCUCCAACAACUCCACAUCCUUCGAGAUGUUCAAGGGGGUGGAGGACAUGAUAGAAGUGGAGCGGCACCCGAAGCAGCUGAGACACUUCAUGGACUUGGGCAGAGUCGGCUUGAGCAGCCGCCAGCUGGUGCAGAAGCCGAAACCUGGUGACCUGCCAGACGAGCCUUGUCCUGCUUGGCACUGCUGCUGGCUGCUCGCGGCGGCCGCGAGACUGCGGGCGUGCGAGGGGAGGUCGCCCUGGGACGGCAAGCACCCGGAGCCCAAGUCCCGCGUGGACAUCCGGAAGAUCACCGCUAUUGUGAAGCUGGCGGCGCCGGUGCGCGACUUGUGCCGGCUGGACUGCACCCCGUCCACGAAGAUCUCCUACGUGGUGGACAGGAUCAUCGAGCGCCACGGCGGAUCUAUUAGCGACCUGUCUGUCUGCGUGAACCGCUUCCACCCGGAGGAGAUUGUCGCCAGGGACAAGACCCUGGAGCAGUGCGGCGUGUUCGGCGGGGACUGCAUCAUAUACUACGACUUCGUGCCGCGCGCCGGCGCGCUGCUGCAGUGA